CUGCGACCAGGAACAGCGACUUGACGCGAGCGGUGUAUCCACUGCGCAUCAUGCCUGUGUUUUCCUUAUUUGUUUAUUUCUUCAUUGGAAGCAUUUCGUGUUGUUCAAUUGACAGUGCUAAGACUAUCAAUGGUGUAAAAGUGCCAUCGAUUGCCAAAUACUUCAGCACAAAGGGUAGGUACGAGGAAGUGAAUCCAUAUCUGAGCGACGAUAUACUUGCAGUAAACAAGUCUCUGUUGCAGCUCCCCUCCGUGAAAUGUCGCGAAGUUCAUUUGACCGCCAUAAUAAGGCAUGGCACAAGGUACCCGACGACCAAAAACGUUAAAAAGAUGCAGAAGCUCUACGACCUUGUCUUGCGCCAGGCCUCCGACAAAAGUAGCUGGCUGCGUGAAAUCAAAAACGUCUGGAAGAUGUGGUACACGGAGGACAUGGACGGCCGACUGGUCCAGAAAGGUGUGAAGGAUCACAAGCACUUGGCUGUUAGACUGUCGAAGUUUUUCCCGUCGUUGGUUUCAAAGGAGAACCUGCGACGUGGACGCUUCAAAUUCAUCACCAGUUCAAAACACCGGUGUGUCAACAGCACCGUGUCUUUCAAGGGAGGGCUGACAGAGCUGUGGGGAUUAGCAGAUCACGAGUUUGACCAUGUUGUCAACGAUGCCCUGAUGAGGUUUUUUGAUCAGUGCACCAAGUUUGUGAAUGAGGUUGAUGAGAACCCAUCAGCCACGGCAGAGGUAGACAAGUUCAAAGUGGGACCAGAGAUGAGAAGAGUUCUGGAGAAGAUUGCAGACCGUCUAGAUGUCCCAUAUAAAUCUAUCACUGAUGAUAUGGCAGAGGCUGCAUUUUACUUUUGUGCUUAUGACUUUGCCAUCAAGACAGUGAACUCACCAUGGUGUCAGCUCUUUGAUGAGAUAGAUGCACAGGUUAUGGAGUAUGCAAGUGACCUGAAACACUUCUGGAAAAGAGGCUAUGGUCAUGAUAUCAAUAGCAAGUCAAGCUGCAUCCUUUUCCAUGAUGUCUUCAGUCGACUGGAUAAGGCAGCCAAUGAGAGCAAGUCCAGCAACCAGGUGACUGAAGCCGUGACAAUCCAGGUUGGACACGCAGAGACACUGCUGCCCUUGUUGACCCUGCUGGGCUUCUUCAAGGACAGCGAUUAUUUGACCUCCACCAACUACGCCACACAGACUCAGCGAUCCUUCCAGACGAGCCGCUUUUUACCCUAUGCAGCUAACCUGCUCCUGGUGCUGUACGACUGUGGAGAAGAUGGCUUGAGGCUGCAGCCGCUGCUUAAUGAGAGGCCUCUAUCGUUCCCCGGUAUGGCAGACGAUCAGGCCUCAUUCCCAAUCUACCAAGACAUCCGAGAGCACUACAAAGAGCUGCUGCAGGGCUGUGACUUUGAGACGGAGUGUCAGCUGUUCCCGAAUUCUGCUUAGGCUUAUGGUAACAAGGAGCCGGGGUUUUCUUGGACUUGUGGUUUUUGAGUUUGCUCUAUCCUGUCAUGUUUGCGAAACAUGACAAGAGGACUAUGCCAAUUAUGAGUGUCUGUAUAGAGUCCUCCUCACUGUUAACCACACUAUUCCAAGCAGUAUAACUGGUUUAAUAUAACAUAAUAAUUGCAUAAUCAACACCAACUGCCUGCAUGGGAAAGCAACACUCUUAAUGUGCUUUUGUAAUGGAGAAAUCUUUAAAAGGUGUGAUUUUCAAACCUCUGCUAUUUUUAAAAUCCUGUUUGGUUGGCUGGAAUAACUGCCUCACAUAAUAGGUUACCAGCAGUACUAUGGUCACCAAGGCAUAGUUUGAAAACUACUUACUUGAAGAAUAACCAGAUACCCUCUUGAUCACCAUUUGUGCAGAAGUAACUGAAGCAUUUAGUUCAUAGAUCCUGAGCUAUUAUUGCCAAAGAGUCCAGUCCUUUCAUAGCAUUUAAAAUUCCACUCUGCCGUUGCAGUAUUCAGACUUUGUUAACAAGGUGUUAUUUUACAACUGAAGGUAUUACAGAGAAGCAGUUGAAUUCAAGCAUUUUUUAACCAUUUAAGGAAUUAUAUAUUUUACAUAAAUGCUGCUUUAUGAUCAGUCAACAUUGCCUUUACAAAUUCCAUUAUAUUAAUGGUUUGUGUGAACAGGCUUUAUAUGAGGGUUUUAUGCUUAUCUUUAUGAAUUCAGAUUCCUUUCUGUGAUAUAUCGAUGCUGUUUUUCUCCCUCGACAACUUUAUUUUUUGCAUCCAAAUUGAAGAAAGCUUUUUUUCCCCCACAGAUCUUAUGCUAUAGUUUUCUAUUUCUAUAUCAGAUAUCUAUAGCUAUCUGAGCUUGUAAUUUGCCACCUUUUGGCUGUGUGCUAGUGUUUCAAAAGGCCUUUUUGAGUUGGCUCUUGGGAUGUUGCCUUGCGCCAUAUUUUGUAUCCCCUCUAGAAUAUGUAUCCCAUGUGCCUGCACAUGGUUUUUAAUGACAAUACAUUGAAUUGAAUUGGUUCUUGCAUUUCCAUUUCAUGGAAGGAAAGAAGAAGUAGCUACGUGCUAAUUGUUCGGUUGUUUGUUUUACUUUUCUUUUUCUUUUUUUUAAUUGCCAACAGCAUUUUACAGAGAAAUUAGCAUACCAAAAGCAGGUGAGUUGUGCUUGUGGCCCCUCUGCAUGUUCUUGAAUAAACAAAGGAAGCAUGUUAAA